AUGUCUACGUCGAUAACUCAACGUCCGAUUCAUUACACAGCCUAUACAUCAGAGCUUCAACUACCAUUCAUAGUGAAACUAGUCGAAAAUGACCUUUCAGAGCCCUACUCUAUUUAUACCUACCGCUACUUUAUCCACAACUGGCCUAAUCUCUGCUUUUUGGCCAUGGAUGGUGAUAAAUGCGUAGGUGUGGUAAUCUGCAAAUUGGACCCGCACAAAGAUAGACUCCGGGGAUAUAUUGGAAUGUUGGCUGUAGCUAAGGAGUACCGUAAAAGAGCCAUCGGUUCAACCCUUGUACAAAUGUCAAUCAAGGCUAUGAAAGAGCAAAAUGCAGACGAAGUAGUCUUAGAGACAGAGUACACGAACCAAGGUGCGCUGGGGUUAUAUCAGCGGUUAGGGUUCAUUAAAGACAAGAGGCUAUAUCGCUACUAUCUUAAUGGAGUUGACGCAUUUAGACUAAAGCUGUUUUGCAAAACUAUGGUCAAAGACGAAAGCGAUCCGUGA